AUGAGAGUGGCUUCAGUGUGGAUGCUGGCGGUGGCUGUGGCUGUGCUGGCCACGGCUAACGUUGGUGGUGUUGCGGCAGCUCGGACGGAAGUGGACACGGAGUAUGGGCGCAUUCGCGGUGACAACGAACCCGAAGCGAGGCUCACGGGGUUCUAUGGCAUCCCGUUUGCCGCGCCUCCAGUGAAGGACCUUCGCCUGCAGCCGCCAGUACCACCCACGCCGUGGAACAAGACGCUCGACUGCACGGUGGACAAGUUCUUCCACACCUGCCCUCAGUUCCACAUCACCAAGAACAUCUUCUAUGGCCAGGAAGACUGCCUGUACAUGAACAUCUACGUCCCCGACGAGGCUGAGAAGGAGCCUGUGCCAGUGCUCUUCUGGAUCUACGGCGGAGGCUUUGAUCUCGGGGAUGAGUUUGAGUUUGGGUUUUACCGCGCAAAGAACCUGGCCAAGAAGCGCCGCGUGAUUGUCGUCGAGACAAACUACCGCCUCGGCGCCCUCGGCUUCCUCGCAAACGAACAUCUCCGCGCCAGCAACCCCUUGAACACAACCGGAAACUUUGGCGUCCAAGAUCAGCAGGCCGCCCUCCAGUUUGUUCACAGGUGUGAUCAUCUGCUCAAGCCCCCCCCCCCCCCGUUGCUGUGCUCACUCACACCGACACUGCGCGUGACAGCGUACCAGUUUGGGGACGAGCUGCUGAAGAAGGCUGGCUGCAGCAACAACGCCAACACGCUCGAGUGCCUUCGCGGCCUGAAGACGGAGGACUUUUUCGCCACCGCCAAGGACUGGCCCAUUGUGAACGGCACCGCCCCACCACUCGCGCCCGUCAUGCCCUGGGGCCCCACGAUUGAUGGGAGCAAGCACGGCCUGCCAGACCGCCCCAUCAACAUGAUUCGGCGGGGCGAGUUUGCCAAGGUGCCCAUGAUCAUCGGCACAAACCACGACGAGGGCACCAUCUUCGUGCCGGCGUUCCCCAAAGUCGUUCCUGGUGUCAAGCUGCCGCUCUCCACAGCAGACUUCAACCGGACCUUGCUCCACUUUUUCAACCACACCACGCUCGACCAAAUCGUGCAGAUGUACCCCGAGCACGGCUACAAGAACAACGAUCUUCGUGCGGCAUACGUCCUUCGCGAUUUCUUCUUCCUCUGCGCCAGCAGGUGA